UUACGUCUUCUGAAUGUAUCGUUCUAUUUGGAAAUUUGUUUGCUUCUUGUUCAUACUUACCAACUGCAACCUAAAUUUUAUAUUCCAACACGGAACGCCAAAUUUAGCCUAUGCAAAUGUUCUUGUUUCUGUUCCUCAACUAUCGGUUAUCACUGAUAUUAGAUCUCAUGCUUUGUACUUGACAAUUCACUUGAAUUCCAGCUCGUCACCUCAAAUAUGUUUCAAAUCCAUCGUAAAAAUCAGAGAUUAUGUUAGGCAAAUUCGUUCAAAUUACGAGUCCAAAAUAAAACAUGAGAUUCUGUACGGUGUUGGUUUCGGAUUCGAUUUCUUCAAGAAUAUCAAUCCUGAUUUCAAACAUCGUGGAGUGGAAAACUAUGAGUAUCGUGAGAGAUCCGGAGGUCUUGGUAAUUUGCCUAACACAGGUGGUGAUAUAUUUGUCCAUGCAAAGUGUGAUGAUCGUGGCAUGUUGUUUGAAUUGGCGAAGUUGAUUAUCUUUGGUAUGCCACCUGAAUGUGUGAUGGAAUUUGAAGAUAUUUACGGUUGGCAUUAUCGUGAUAAUCGUGAUUUGAGUGGAUUCAUUGACAAUACGGAAAAUCCUAAAAAAUUAAAAGAACGAGUUGACGUAGCUGUCAAUAAACGAACAGGUGGAAGUUACGCUGUUGCUCAGAGAUGGGUACACAAUAUGAGUUUACUCCAUAAGACCAGACAUGAAACCUUGGAACAAUGGAUCGGUCGAACAAUCAAAGAUAGUGUUGAACUAUCAAAUAAAUCGGAUACAUCACAUGUUGCUAGAAUGGUUGGAUCUGCACAGUUUGAUGCGGAAGAGAAGUAUCAAAUUGUUCGACAAUCUCAACCUUAUGGUACUUUAUCAAGAGAAGCUGGUCUGUUUUUCAUUGCUUAUGCAGAAGAUGUCAAGAAUUUCAAUUUUAUGUUAGAUCGUAUGACCGGGUAUGGUGAUGAUGAGAAAAAUGAUAAUUUAAUGAAGUUUACACGUUGUGCAACAGGAAAUUAUUUCUAUUUUCCUGAUCUUAUUGAAUUAAAUCGUUUGAUUCGUAAUAAUUGAAAAAGAAUUUCUUUGUAAUGCGGAUGAUGGUGAUGACGAUGAGAUCAACUGACGCAUAUACAAACUGAGAAAUAAUGCAUUAUUUU